AUGGACAGAGGUGCCAUUCCUGCAACAACUUUAUCUGGAACAAUUUCGUACAAUUCGACAUCACCAAACAUUUCUUCAACAAGUCAAGUUGAUAGACGACCUGUGAACAACAAUGCAAAUGACAUUGACCCUCCAGCAGAACAUGAAGAUCCCGUUGGUUUCGAUGACAUAAAUUUGAAUGAACCUGCUGACGAUGAUCCAUUAAUUGACAAUGAAGAUUUGGAAGCCAUGUGGGACAUGGGAGAUCCUACUAACGAGUGUGAGCAUUGCGGAGCCAUGUUCUGGUAUGAUGAAAGAAAGAGAAGGAAAGUACCUACAAGAACACCAAAAUUUCCUCUAUGUUGUUUGCAUGGGAAGGUUCAACUACCAUUGCUCAAAGCUGCACCUAAAAUUCUCCAAGACUUGCACGCAAAUGAAACUGAUAAAAGCCGACAUUUCUUAAAGAACAUAAGGAUGUUCAAUGGAAUGUUUGCAUUCACGUCUAUGGCUGGAAAGGUGGACAAAAACAUAAACAAUGGAUGUGGUCCUCCAAUCUUCUUGCUCGGAGGACAAAAUUACCAUUCUAUUGGUAGUCUCAUACCUCCAGUUGGUCAAAGUCCCAAAUUUGCCCAGCUUUAUAUUUUUGACACUGAAAAUGAGGUUGCUAAUAGGAUACAAGCUCUCAGACCAAGCGGUGAUGCUCAUAAGUUGGAUGAGCUAAUUGUCAGAGACUUAAAAAACAUGCUAGAUGCAGAGAACCCUUUGGUUAAGUCAUACAGAUAUGCUAGAGAACGAUACAUAUGUGAUGAUUUUUCUAAUGUCAAGCUAAGGUUAAUUCGGCGGAGGGACAAAGAUGGGAGAACUUAUAACCUUCCCACAACAUCUGAAGUUGCUGCGUUGGUGGUGGGUGACAUAGAUGUUACUGUUAAGAGAGAGAUCAUUUUUGAAACACAAUCCAGGUUGCAAGAAAGAAAAGGGGAAUCACCUAUUGUUCUUCAAUCUAGGAGACUGUUCCAGCAAUUUCUGGUGGACUCUUAUACCAUGGUUGAAGCUGAUAGAAUGCGAUAUUAUAGGACAAUACAGCCGAAACUGCGAAUGGAACGUUACAAGGGAUUGCACGAGUGCUUGGUCCGUGGAGAAACAAAUGCAGCUGCAACAGAAUGGCCUGAAGUCAAACGUUUUGUUGAAACACGAGGUUUGAAGCCUGAGGAUAGACCCGACAUACUUUGUAGAGUUUUCAAAAUGAAGUUGGACGAACUAAUUGAUGACUUGAAGAGCGGAAAAGUGUUCGGAAAGAUUAUUGGAUAUUCAAUCACCAUCGAAUUUCAAAAGCGAGGUCUUCCCCACGCACACAUUUUGGUCUUUGUCCAUGCCAAAUUCAAGCCCAAGACCCCCGAAGACAUCGACAAAGUUAUAUCCGCAGAAAUUCCAGACCGUACCAACAAUCCUGAAUUAUUUGAGGCUGUGCAGAAGUAUAUGAUUCACGGACCAUGCGGUGUACUAAAUUUGAAGUCACCAUGUAUGAACAAUGGAAAAUGCUCCAAGUUCUUUCCUAAAGAGUUUAGGAUGAGGACCAUUAUUGAUGAUGAAGGUUUUCCUAAAUAUAGAAGAAAAGAGGAUGGCAGGACUGUCAAAAAGGGCAAAACUGUGCUGGAUAAUAGAUAUGUUGUACCAUACAACCCAUUGCUACUCCAAAAAUAUAGAGCUCACAUUAACGUUGAGUACACGUGCCAGACAAGUGCAAUAAAAUAUCUUUUCAAGUAUGUCCAUAAAGGCAACGACAGAGUGACGGCUGAAUUUUACCGAACUUCGGAUUCAAGUAAUCCAUCCCAGGUGAUUGAUGAAAUAAAAAAUUACUAUGACUGCAGAUACAUCUCUGCAUGUGAGGCGGCAUGGCGAUUGUUUGGAUUUGAAGUGCACUAUAGAGAGCCUCCAGUUGUGAGGUUGCCAUUCCAUCUUCCGGGUGAGCAAAGCGUAGUGUACAAUGACGGUGAGACAGUACAGGAUGCAAUUGAAAAGGCCGACAUUAAGAAAAACAAGUUUAUAGGUUGGAUGGAGGCUAACCAACUUUAUGCUGUUGGAAGAGACAUUACUUAUUCAGAAUAUCCCACCAAAUUUGUUUGGAAAGACGACACAAGAGAAUGGCGCCCUAGAAAACAGGGUUUCUCAAUUGGUAGAAUUUCACAUGUGCCACCAUCAUGCGGUGAGGACUAUUACUUAAGGAUCCUUCUGAACGUUCAAAAAGGUUGCACGAGUUUUAAAGACAUUCUCACUGUGAAAGAAGUGACCUACAUUACUUUUAAGGAUGCGUGUUGUGCUCUUGGUUUGCUAGAAGAUGACAAAGAAUUUGUAGACGCAAUAAAAGAGGCCAGCUUCUGGGGGUCAGGAGAGUAUCUUAGAAGACUGUUUGUGGUGUUGUUGAUGUCUAACAACAUGUCAAAUCCCGAGGUAGUUUGGGAUAAGUGCUGGCAAGAGCUUUCAGAUGAUAUUCUCUACAGACAAAGAAGACGCUUAGAUUACCCAGGACUGAAUCUAACAGAUGAUCAGAAAAAAAACCUGGCGCUCGCUGAGAUUGAGAACAUGCUACAAAACAAUGGCAGGAGCCUGCACAAUUUUGUUUCCAUGCCUUAUCCUUCAGACAUUGUUGUCGAAGACGUUGGACAAAGACUGAUUGUAGAGGAGUUGAAUUACGACAGGAAUGAAAUGAGUGAAUACUUGGACCAAUGUCUCUCCUCAAUAACUGAUGAACAAAGGCAUGCGUAUGACAAAAUAAUUAACGCCGUCUAUGGAAACAAAGGUGGAUUUUUCUUCCUGUAUGGCUACGGUGGGACGGGUAAAACCUUUGUCCGGAAAACGCUUUCAACAUCCAUUCGAUCAAGAGGUGAUAUUGUUCUCAAUGUGGCUUCAAGUGGUAUUGCUGCACUGUUGUUGCCUGGAGGAAGGACGAUGCACUCCAGGUUCAAGAUUCCCAUACCUAUAACUGAGGAUUCAACAUGCAACAUAAAGCAUAACAACCCUCAUGCUAAAUUGCUGAUAAAGGCGAAACUGAUCAUUUGGGACGAAGCUCCUAUGAUGAGUAAAUGGUGUUACGAGGCUUUGGAUAAGUGCUUGAGAGACAUUUUGAGGUUCACCCCAGGAUAUGACUCCAGCUUGCCGUUCGGAGGAAAAGUUGUGGUUCUGGGCGGUGAUUUCAGGCAAAUCUUACCUGUAAUUCCAAGGGCAUCCAGGCAAGAUGUCAUCAGUGCAACAAUAAAUUCAUCCUAUCUAUGGCCUUUUUGUGAAGUUCUUUGUUUGACAAAGAACAUGAGACUCCUACAAGGAUCUUCGUGCUCAAGUGCAUCAGAUAUAGCAGAAUUUUCAGAAUGGUUGUUGACUAUAGGUGAUGGCAAGGUCGGACAGCCAGUUAACGGCGAAUCAGAAAUUCAAAUACCAAAUGAAAUCCUUAUAAAAAACUCAGAAACCGGUUUUGAAGACUUGGUCAAUUAUACCUACCCUGAUUUGUUGCGUAACAUGUCUAACUCUGAAUACUUCAGGGAAAAAUCCAUUUUGGCCCCCACGAUUGAACUGGUUGGAAAGGUCAAUGAUUACAUGAUGUCUCGGGUCUCAGCAGAAGAAAGAGAAUACUUGAGCUCUGAUUCAAUAUACAAAGAAGACGGCAAUGUUGAGAGUGAGCUGGAUGCAUUUCCCCCCGAGGUAUUGAAUGCGAUGAACUGUUCAGGACUGCCACUGCAUAAGUUGAGUUUGAAAAUUGGAGUCCCAGUAAUAUUAAUGAGAAAUUUCGACCAGUCCAACGGAUUGUGUAAUGGAACAAGAUUGACGGUGAAGAGAUUUGGAGACCAUGUCAUUCAGUGCACCGUUCUAACUGGGACUAAAGCUGGAUCUACUGUACUGAUUCCUAGGAUGAUCAUGAAUACAAAUAACACAAAUCUACCGUUCCAAUUUCAGAGACGGCAGUUGCCUAUAUGUGUCUGCUUCGGUAUGACGAUAAACAAAGCGCAGGGACAAACACUAGGGUGUGUUGGGUUAUAUCUUCCAAGACCGGUUUUUAGCCACUGA